AUGCUCCACCGACUUCACCAGGUGGUUGACGUCAACGAACUGGGUUCGAGUUUACCGAGCUCAGGUGCUCCAAACGACUUUGCUUCUUCGGCUCGGUCAAUUGAACGCCUGUGUUUGCGUGCAGAACGUUCUGGGCCUUCUGGCUGGGAGCAGGUGCUGCCACAAAUCUCGGAGCACGCCUCACGCUUCCCCAAAGAUGCGCAGGCCUGGAUCUAUUUGGCUCGGGCAAAGAUGGCAUUGGGCAGCAAGCGAGAAGCCUACCGAUCCUUGCAGGAGGCUUUGGCUCUAGAUGAGGAAGUCUACCUGGGCCAUUCCUUGAGUGUCCUUGCAGCUCAAGGAUUCCUCGAUCAGCGUUCGUGGCCACAGGUUGCGAAGCACGCUGAGGCGGCCUUGAACUGUCGUCCUGGAGACCCAGAGGCCCUGGAACUGCUUUUCCAGGCACAAUCUUCGUUGGAAGAAAGGGCCAAGGCGCAGGAGACUCUUCGAAGUCUGCGGCAGGCAGAUCCACAACGCUGCAUGUCCCUUCUUUUGGAACUGGCAUACUCCACUCAACCUCCUGUCGAGCGGCACAGGUGGCUUUCUGAGGCCUAUGCUUGUGCACGUGGCGGUGCCUCCCGGAAGCUGUUGCAUGACCUUGCAGAGGCAAGUUUGGUGAUCGACCGCCGGGAGGAAGCGCUGGCAUACUUUGAGCAGGCUUUCAAUCACCCUGAGGGUCCAGACAUCGACACAGCAAAAGCGCUGGCUCAGAUGUAUGUGAGAAAGGACCGAGUCACGGAUGCCUUAGAGGUCUAUAGGGUUGCUCUCCAGAGCUGCCCAGGCAGUUGGAGUCUUAUUCGUGGCUAUGGCCAGCUUCUCCUGAAGGAGGGCCGUAGCAGCGAGGCAAUCGGUGCCAUCAGCCGAGGUGCGAAGCUUGCUCCACCCAUGGAGGCCUCGGCUUUGCACAGUAUUUUGGCAGAGAUGCAUCAGAACCUUGGUCAAGCUGGAGAGGCCCUCAUUGCCUGGGAGGCUGCUGCGAGCUUGAAUCCUGAGAGCUUAGCUGCCUGGCGCGGUUUGGCAGCUGCCUCCAAGAGCGAUGCGCCACUGCAGAUGAGAGCCUUAAAGCGCUUGGUGCGGUUAGAGCCCAGCAAUGCCGAAUGGCAUGCCCAAUUGGGAGCUCUUCGCUUGGCUUCAGACCUCGAUGUCGUAGAAGCGGAGGCAGAUCUUGAGCGUGCAUUGAAACUGGACCCAUGCAAUGGCCUUGCUUUGGAGCAAAAGUCAUUGCUGUUGGAGCAAGCUGGCAAGGACGCCCAAGCCAUUGGCUUCCUGGAGACUGCAGCUAGACAGAACCUCCAGUCCAAGGAGGUUCUGGAAGUGGUGGCCAAGGCACGCUGGCGUCGGGGUCAUUUCCGAGAGGCUGCGUCCUGGUACCAGGAGUUAGAACGCUUGGAUGACGGCCCCAUGUGGCCCUGCCGCUUGGGCCAGGCUCAGCUUCAUUUGGAGGCCGUGAAGGAUGCGCGAAGCAGUUUGCAACGUGCCGGUGAGCGUUUGCAGAAAGCCGAAAAGGCCAUGGACCCACCAAAUCCACCUGCAGAAGCUGAAAUUCGAACAUGGGUUGGCUAUGGACAGCUUUUGCAAGGUGAUUAUGAAGGGGCACUGGAGAAGCUGUCACAGGCUGCGCGCGUGUCUUCUCAAGCGUCCACACACUUGUUCCAGGCUCUAACUUUGCACCUUUUGGGGCGUGAUCCCUCCGGUGCUCUUCGGACUGCUCGUCUUUUUGAGCCGCGGCUGGUUGAGGUGGCUCAUCGCUCCCUGCCUGCCCUGCCAAGCAGGCUGCAGCAGGAGGUUGAGACUCUUCUGGCCGGUUCCGGGAGCGUGGCCCAGAGCGGAUAUCCGAGGCAGCCGGCUGAAAGUGGCAAGGCUGCAGAAGACGACUUCAAGGUCGGGCAGAAGAUUGAGGUCUACAGCAAAAGUGGGGGUCGCUGGUUUCCAGCGGAGAUCAUCCAGGCUGAAGCGGAGACUGUGAAGGUCCGAUACUACAUGGUUGACGAGAAGCAGUUGUCAGGAACUUCCGUUGCCUACGAGAAGCUUCUCUUGCGCAACUCCGAGAAUCUCAGGCGAACGGCCGAGACAAAGAUCGAGGAGGUUGCAGAGAAGGGCAUCGAUGCAGACAGCAGCAAAGUGCGAGGAGUGUCGCCCAGAACACCAAGGGCCGAGACAAGACCUGCAGUGGCCAGCUUCUCAAAAAAGGAGGUCCAAGAAGAACCUCAAAAGCUGCUCUUGAACUCUGAAGACCUGAAAAUAGACAAGGUGCUCGGUUCUGGCGGCUUUGGCGCGGUCUACCGUGGCACUUACCUGGGACAGGAGGUAGCGAUCAAGAAGCUUCACCUUAUCGAUGGGCAGGUUUCCAGCGAGCAAGUGGCUGAGUUCAAGAAAGAGGUGAUGAACUUGCAAGCUCUUCGCCAUCCUCGACUUGUCAGCUUCAUUGGCGCUGCACUGGCUGUACCCUCAUUAAUGAUUGUUACUGAAUUCAUGCCCAAUGGGUCAUUAUACGAGGCAUUGCAUCAGCGCAAGCUGAAAAUGGAACACAACCAGCGCAACAAAAUUGCCACACAGGUUUCUGAAGGGGUGAGCUUCUUGCAUGGCAGGGCGCCACCCUUUGUUCACCGGGACUUGAAAAGCAUGAACGUUGUGAUGGAUUUCGAUCUGAACGCAAAGUUGUGCGACUUCGGCCUUACCCAGUCAAUGGAGAAGACCCACAUCAGUCGUAGAGACAAUGAGGGAGGAUCUCCACGGUAUAUGGCUCCUGAACUCUUCGAUUCGCGAGGAAAGAUCACUGAAAAGGUGGAUGUAUGGGCAUUGGGCUGUUUGGUGGUGGAAGUAAUUUCCAGCAGGUUGCCUCAUGAGGAGUGCACAUCAAUCCAGCAAGUCAUGACGAAGACCCUUGUGGAGAAGCAACUGCCCUUCAAUGACUGGCGCGGAGUCAGCUCCAGUGUGCAGCGAGUUGCUGAACUUUGCUUCAUGUUUCCCCCAGAGAGCCGCACAAGUGCCGCACAUCUCUUGGAGGCAUUACAACGUCUCCGAUAA